AUGCACCGCCUUGUGAUCACGAGCCAGAGCCCCAAUAAGAGCCGAGCAACCUUCCACGCCUUCAUGCAAUUCCACAUCGACGUCGACGACGCGUCUGGCCAGCCAUAUACGAUCUGCAAGCGCUUCCGCGAAUUCGUUGCGCUGCACAGCACCUUGCGGCUUGCGGGCUUUCGCGUCCCGAGCCUCCCCGUGGCCGGGCCGUUCAUGAGUCUUUGGCUCCUCUGGGACUCUGCGAGUGCGCUCGCCCACCGCCAGUUCUUCCUCCAAGUGUUUCUCCAAGUCCUCAACGACAGCGCCGAGAUCCAAGCGCACACAGCCUUCACGAAAUUUGUCGGCACCCGCCCCGAGACAAAGCCAGGGUACACGUCGCUCGCCCUCUUCCGCCCAUCGUUUGAACGAAGCCCCGUGCGGCGCCCUAGCCGUGUGCCAGCGGUCAGCGACUAA